AUGAGGAAAUUCCCAAGAAAUUGUCGUAAAUGCGACAAGAAACAUCAUACGUUGCUUCACUUUCCGACCGAAACACCAGUCGGGACGAGCCAAAUCUUAUCCAUCCCAUCAACAUCCGCGGAAGGCAUUAAGACCACCUUGACCGCGUCGUUCGAUUCGGAAGUAUUGCUCGGCACCGCUAGAAUCACGAUUUUAGACAAGCACCAUAAGCAGCACGCGUGUCGCGUAUUAUUAGAUAGUGGCUCGCAAACCCACUUUAUUACGCAGAAACUCGCGGAAAGGCUGCAAUUGAAGCAGAAAAACAUAGAUCUGUCGUUUUCCGGUUUAGGGCAACUCAAUACAAAUGCGAAGUAUUUAGUUCAAACCACGAUAAAAUCGCAAACUAGCUCAUUUAAUGCAGAGGUAACAUUUAUUGCCUUACCUUCGAUUACGGGGAGGUUGCCGUUGCGCCAGGUCAACCUGAGCGAUUUCCAUAUACCGAGGCACGUACAAUUGGCAGACCCAGAGUUUCACAAACCAGGGGAGAUAGAUGCACUUAUUGGUAGUGCGUUGUUUUACAAAUUAUUAGAAACGGGUCAGAUUAAACUACAUAGACCCUCCGUCAUAUUGCAAAAUACGCAAGUAGGUUGGAUAGUUACCGGCGAGGUAAAUAAUCAGAUAAUCAGCAAACAAGGUAGAGCAAGUCAAGUGUGUCAUGUGGCUACGUCUCUUGAUGCCGAAAUUAGUAGAUUUUGGACAAUCGAAGAACUUCCGGAGAAAACUUUCUUGUCCGCGGAAGAAAAGGAGUGCGAGAAUCACUUUAGAGAAAACACAACACGUAACGAACGCGGACGAUAUAUAGUUAGGUUACCGUUCAAUCAAAACCGGGAUCUUCUCGGCAACUCGAAGAUAAUGGCUUUAAAACGAUUUUAUAGCUUAGAGCGCAAGCUCCAGUCGAACUUAGAGUGA